GCAGCUUCCGGUUUCCGGCGGAGCCCACAGUCGUCGCUCGCAGCCGUCAUGGCGGCCGAGGAGAAGGAUCCCCUGAGCUAUUUCGCGGCUUAUGGGAGCAGCAGCUCAGGCUCCUCGGGUGAGGAGGAUAACAGCGAGCCGGAGGAAACAAGUCGCAGGGCCCCAGAUCCUGCGAAGUCGGCGGGAGGCUGUGGGAACAAGGAGGAGAAGAGGCUGCCGGGACCCGACGAACUAUUCCGGAGCGUGACUCGCCCGGCCUUUCUCUACAAUCCGCUCAACAAACAGAUAGACUGGGAGAGGCACGUCGUUAAGGCGCCUGAGGAGCCUCCAAAGGAAUUCAAAAUAUGGAAGUCAAACUAUGUACCACCUCCGGAGACCUACACUACUGAGAAGAAACCUCCCCCUCCAGAGCUGGAUAUGGCAAUAAAAUGGUCUAACAUAUAUGAGGACAAUGGUGAUGAUGCCCCACAGAACGCUAAGAAAGCUAGGCUCCUGCCUGAAGGGGAGGAGACAGUGGAAUCAGAUGAUGAAAAAGAUGAGCAUACUUCUAAAAAGCGCAAAGUAGAACCAGGAGAACCGACAAAGAAGAAAAAGUAGAAAAUGACAAAUCACAAGAAUUUCUGGACUGCGAAACUUGUUGAAACGGUUUUUUGGGGCAGAUUAAGUUGAUAUUUUAAAUUAUUAUGAAACAACAUCUCCAUGAAAGUACAUGUUAAUUAAUAAGUAUUGCUAUGGGAACUUUCCACUGUAGAAUUCAUUUUUUUAUUUAAAACUUUAUUUAAAACUCAAGUGGUGAUUUGUGAUUGUGAAAUUGACAACACUUGGAAGCAUUCUUGCUAUCACAGAGUUGGUGACAUACUUUGAAAGUUUUGUCACAUGUCGACAUGCCAAUGUUCUAUGAACCUUUUAUAAAGGAAUAUAUUUUUAAAGUAAAUAUAUUGUAAUGUACUGUGAACUUGUAGGGUGCUUUUCAACAGUGUUUGUACAGUGUAAAUAGAUCAUGGAAAUAAAAUUACUUAUUCAAUAUUG